AUGUCAGCUGCAGCGGAAGUGGCCAAGGUUGCGAACAAGUGUAGAGAAGCCCAAGCAGACAAACAGUUAGAUUUAUCUGAUUGUAAUCUGAAAGCAAUCCCAGACGCUGUCUACAUAUUUUUUCGAGAGACAUCGCCUGAAAUAUGUAAUCUGUCUCUUAAUGUCUUGAAGAUUAUUCCAGCCAAAUUUCCUUCUAAUUUUAAUAACUUAAAGGAGUUGAAUUUGUCUUCUAAUCUUCUGACUCGUCUUCCAAAUGAACUCAGUAAGAUGGUUGCUUUAACAUCGUUAGAUAUAUCUGAGAAUAGAUUCAUUGAUUUUCCCGACGUGGUUUACAGUUUAUCAUGUCUGAAAACGUUUAACGCUAAGGCAAAUAUGAUUACAGAUAUUGACACGCAAAGAAUACAAGAAAUACCAAACCUCCAUGAUGUAUAUUUAAAUGACAAUCCAUUAAGUGAGGAGACAUGUCUUGCCAUAGAAGUGCUGAAUGGUAGAUUGACUGUACAUAUCGGGCAGAGGAAAUAA